UCCAUCUUUGUGCGGGGCUUGAGUCUUUCAGUCGACCAUCUUUGUGCGGGGCAUGAGUCUUUCAGUCGUCCAUCUUUGUGCGGGGCAUGUGUCUUUCAGUCGUCCAUCUUUGUGCGGGGCGUCUCAGACUGACGCUGUGCCGACUCCGAGUGGAGCAACAAAACACUACGAGCUUACGAUCUAAAAAUAAAGACCUGCGCGGAUCCUACUUCGCUGCUUUCUCUUGCUAAAGCUCGACAUGUACUUUAACCGCGGUUACCCUGUCAUCGCCUUCUGCGCUCUGGUCGGGCUAAUUCUGGGUUCAGAAGAUGGCGCGGAUCGCCCGGUUACCGGAGCUCCGGGAUCCCCGGUCCGUCUGUCGGAGUCAGACCCCGGGGUUAUGAAAGCAGUUAAAUUCGCAGAGGAACGAUAUAAUAUGGGCUCUAACGCGAUGCACAUACGCCGUGUUAGCAAAAUCCUUUCGGCCAGCAAACAGCUGGUAAAAGGUGUUCGGUACAGUAUUAUGGUUGAGAUCGGAAACACUCAGUGUAAGAAAUCCCUAAAGCUGAGUGGUGUGGACACCUGUGACUUUUCCCCAGAGCCUCACAAACAGAAGACGGAGGUUUGUUUGUUUGAGGUUUGGGACAUUCCCUGGGAAAAUAAAUCCACCCUACUAAAACAGAAAUGCCAGCCUGCGGUUUCCAAGGAGCUCAGAAAGGUUGCAGCCGUACCUCUAACCUAUGGCAAACCCAUGAAGGAAACUGUAGAGCUUCUGACUGAGUUUAAAAACUUUAUGAUCACAUACAAUCGAACAUACAGCUCCCAAGAAGAGGCAGAGAAGCGUCUGCGCAUUUUCCAGGAGAAUAUGAAAACGGCUCAAACGCUGCAGUCUCUGGAACAGGGCUCAGCUGAGUACGGGGUCACCAAGUUCAGUGACCUCACAGAGGAUGAGUUCAGAAUGAUGUACCUGAACCCAAUGCUGAGUCAGUGGAGCCUGAAGAAGGAGAUGAAGCCAGCGACUCCGGCUAGUUCGGCUGCUCCUGACAGCUGGGACUGGAGGGAGCACGGGGCAGUCAGUCCUGUGAAGGAUCAGGGCAUGUGUGGCUCCUGUUGGGCAUUUUCUGUGACUGGAAACAUUGAGGGACAGUGGUUCAAGAAAACCGGACAGCUUCUUUCCCUCUCCGAGCAGGAAUUAGUGGACUGUGAUAAACUGGACCAGGCGUGUGGAGGUGGAUUGCCGUCUAACGCUUACGAAGCCAUUGAGAAGCUUGGAGGUCUUGAGACAGAAACGGACUACAACUACACCGGACACAAGCAGAGCUGUGAUUUCUCUUCAGGGAAGGUGGCCGCAUUCAUUAACAGCUCUGUUGAGCUUCCUGACAAUGAAAACGAGAUUGCUGCUUGGCUGGCUGAGAACGGUCCGGUCUCUGCUGCACUCAAUGCUUUCGCCAUGCAGUUCUACAGAAAGGGAGUGUCUCAUCCUCUAAAGAUCUUCUGCAACCCCUGGAUGAUUGAUCACGCUGUGCUGCUUGUGGGAUUCGGACAACGUGAUGGCGUUCCAUUCUGGGCCAUCAAGAACAGCUGGGGAGAGGACUAUGGAGAGCAGGGUUACUAUUACCUGUACAGAGGAUCCAGACUGUGUGGAAUCAACAAGAUGUGCUCAUCUGCAAUUGUGAAUUAGAUGCACACAUACACACACACACACACACAGCAAGCAAGCAAGCAAACAUUUGAAAACAGCCCAGUCAUGAAUCUGAUGAUCGUGCACAGAGAGUUCACUCUGUUUCGGUCAUCAUGUGAUCUGUGAACACAGUGUAAACACACAUUCUGCACAUAUAUUAUCCUCGUAAGCACAUCAUUCUCAGUAGUUCAGAUAAAUGAAGUAUUUCUCUUGAGCUCAUGCGCUUUAGUUAGCAGUCAUUUUUCCGUUACAUUAUGCUAUAGCUGAAUUUGUUGUACAUUACCUCAGAUCCCAUGUGAUGUGACAGACACAGCAGAUGACCAAAUAGCAAAUAGGUACAAGAUAACAGCAGUUUACCAUGCUACUACUAAAACAUUACCUAGUCCAUGUUUUAUUGUGAUUUUAGACUAGGUAAUUUAGUUGUAUUUUACUCUAACCAGUUUUCUUAUUCUGUGUUUUAUUAUCUAAUUGUUAAUUUAAUUUUAAAACAAUGAGUUGAGCCUGUGUCGUAUUUGCUUUUAACCCUGCUGAACAGAUUAGCAGUUAUACAUUUUUAACAGUGUAUUUUAUUUUUUUUCAAGUGCAUUUUACUGAGUAUUUUGAGCUGCUAUUAUUGGAAACUAGAUUUUGCACACUAUGAAUUUCCACAGUAUAUUGUGAUCAUUGCGUUAAUGCAAGUAUGGCUGUUUUUACCCGCACAAUUUUUUUUUUUUACCAUAUUUUGCUGCAUAGGAAAAAGUUGCUAAUGCUUCUUCCAAGUUGUGGCAGAAAAUAUGCAUUCCUCAGUUGUUGUAUCUCUAAUGCAUUAUUAAAGCUGUAAUGGUGAAUAAA